GUCGUCAAGACACGACGCUCCCACCGAAAGUCCCGGAACGGCUGCAGUGAGUGCAAGCGACGACACAUACGAUGCGACGAGCGCCGCCCGGCCUGCACCAACUGCACCAUUGCUGAGCGCGCGUGCUCGUUCCCUCCGGCUCGCCAACAGAGCCAACUCGAGCCCCUGCCGCAGCCGCAGCUGCCGCACAGCCCGGCCGACUCGCAUCUGAGCCGCAAAUCUCAACACUCGCCGUCGUCGUGCGAGCCGGACCACCCGCUUCCUUGGCCUCAAUGCGGCCCUGAUCCAUCGUCAGCCUCUCCAGAGUCUGUCUUCGCCGCCGGCCGCUUCAGGUUCACCCCGGCGCCCGCCACCGGACCGCAGACCCUGCCGUCCUUUACAGAGUCCUUUACCAGCACCGCCUACCACCCGCCAGUGCCACCAGGCUCCCUCUUCACGGCCGAGCACCUCAUGCUCUUCUAUCAUGUCUCGGAUGCCAUGAGCGACUGCAUCUUGGCCCGCGGCCAGAUCAAGGUUGUCCUCGACAUUGCCAUCAAGCACCUGAAAGAUGCGCCCUACCUCAUUGACCAGCUCCUGGCCCUAUCGGCACUGCAUGUGGCCUUCACCAGCAAGCCCGGCGAGGUGCCGUUGAAUGGCACAAUUGCAUCCUAUCGAAAUCAGGCCACCGAGUUGCAGACGCGUGCUCUGUCAUCCUUUACACGCAUUGCCGCCAUGGUUCCCGCCGACGACACGGCCACAUGCGUCCCUCGAUUCCUGUUUGCUAGUCUACUGAGCAACCAAGUUCUAGCCGAGACCCUGCUGCAACAUCAGCAGCCACAGCCCCUUCCCUAUCAUCACGAUGUCAUGGGAGGCCACGGCGGGGGAAGCGCAGGGGCCGGAGGAGGUGCCAGUGGUGGUGCUGUCAACUUUCAUGGGUUCAUGGAGCGCAUGAUCGAGUGCAUCCAUCUUCACCGGGGCAUUCUUGCCCAAAUUCGCCCGACCUGGGAUUACCUCAUGCAGUCGGAGCUCUUCCCCUUACUCCGCAUCACCCACGAUGCCAACAUCACAGCGGUGACCCUCUCGUCCGGCACAGAAUGUGCUGCUCUUCGACAGAUGAUCGAUGCCGCAGCUUCCCCAAUGUCCCAGUUUGGAGACUCGUCACCACGCCGUCUUGACCGAGCCAGCGCCGAAGCUUGCCGCACCGCCAUUGAUUCUCUCCAGUGGGCAUUCGACAUGCAUCGAGCCCUGUCUGAGCAAGACGUUCCGCAUGCACCGUCUGCCUUCAUUGUCACCAUCGAGGCCGAGUACGUGAAAGUGUUACGAUCACUGCUUCCUGAAGCAUUGGUGAUUCUGGCCUAUCUGGGCGUCCUGAUACAUCGCUGCCGUCGCUUCUGGACGUUUGGC